CUAAAGAAUACGGUCGUUUUGCCUUUAGUUUCGGUUUGGGAGUUGACCUACUUUUGAGCUUUUAUACACAAGUUUAAUAUUCUUGAAAUCUUCACCGAUAAAAAAAGUUUCGCUUUAGUUAAUACGUUUUUAAAGUUAUUACAGCUUCUUAGUCUUAGACCUUGUUUCUCUCAUGCUUCAGAUGUACUGAAAGUUUGAAACCAUACUCGUACGAGUAACAACAGAGGGCGUAUCUGGAGCAUUUUGAAUUGAACACCUGUUGGUAGGAUCCUAAUGGCCAAUCAUGUCCGGACGACAAAACUUGAACAAGAAUGCCAUCAGUGCCUUUGAGGAGCAUGGAGUCAGGACGAGAAAACCACCCAAAGUGGAUAUCUUAGACAGUAGUGGACCUCCACACAGGCCUGUGUACACUGCUGUUGCUACUCUGGGAGGGGAGGAAGUAGGAAGAGAGACGGGCAACUCUAAGCAUGAGGCCCGCAUCAAGGCUGCGGAACGUGCCCUUCAGAACCUUAGCAUUCAGGACACAGGAGCUUCAAAUGGCCAAGAGGAGGAGGACACAUGUGUAAGCGAGGAGGAUCUAACGAACCCAGUUCCCGACAGAGACCCCGUUUCUGCUCUCAUGGAGUUCUCCCAGACAUCACGGAAACAGGUGCACUUCAACCUCAUCUCACAGGAAGGGCCACCUCAUAUGCCUGUGUUUACAAUGUCAGUAACUCUUGGCGAUGAGACAUUCCCACAGGUCAAGGGAUGUAACUCGAAGAACACUAAAAAAGAUGCGGCGUGUGUGGCUCUUAAUGCCCUCGCUAGGAGAAAGGUCCUGCAGACGAAGUUUCCUAGAAUUGGUGGACAGGUGAAUGGAGCUGCUAGCAAUGCAAGGUCAAGGCCAGAUGUGACGCUGGGAAUACCUGGGAAAAACCCAGUCAGCAUGCUCAACGAGUUUGCCCAGAAAAUCAGCAAGAAGCUGACAUUUGAUGCAGUUAUGUUUGGACCUCCCCAUAAGCCCAGGUUUCGUGUAACAGCUGUUCUUGAAGAUGAGAGGUUUGUCGAGGUAGAAUCGCCCAGUAAGAAGCAGGGCAACGUGCUAGCAGCCCAGGAAGCUAUCAGGGUACUCCAGGAGAGGGGGGAAUACUCGCUGCCCAAGGCCAUUCUGGGACAGAGCCAGCCCAACAUUCAAAUCCUGACACCACCACAUCAGCUACCGUUACACGAUCGUGUAGGACAGGUUGCCAUGACGAAAAUGGAAGAAUUGCUCAGCCAGACGCCCCAGUCGCUUGUUGGUCGCAAAGUCAUGGCAGCUAUUGUGAUGACUGAUAACAAGACGAGCAUAUCCAGAGUCGUCAGUCUGGGGACAGGGAACAGGAUUAUCAAAGGUGACAAGAUAACCCAGGACGGCACCGUGUUACAUGACUCGCAUGCUGAAAUCCUGGCCAGAAGGGGAUUCAAAAGGUUCCUGUAUUCACUAGUGAAAUCGGACCCACACUGCUAUCUUACCCCGGGGCUGUCAGGGAAGUUCCGGUUCAAGCCCUUCAUAUCCUUCCACCUCUUCAUUUCCACCGCACCAUGUGGGGACGGGGCUCUCUUUGUACACUGUGAUGGAGAAAAUGGCAAUGGUGACGGUAUGGAGCACAAGCCGCUCUUCAACAACCCUCGAACACAGGGACUGAUGAGGGCCAAACAGGAAAACGGUGAAGGCACCAUACCGAUAUCGGAGGAUGACUCUAAGCAGACGAUAGAUGGAAUACUACAUGGCAACCGCCUGCGAAUCAUGUCAUGCAGUGACAAGAUCUGUCUGUGGAAUGUCGUGGGUCUUCAGGGAGCGCUGCUUUCAAGGGUGUUUGAGCCAAUCUACUUGAAGUCUAUCACACUUGGAAGUCUGUUUCACUUGGGGCACUUAUCUCGGGCCCUCUGUUGCCGUGUCAACAUCAAUGCCAUUGACCUCCAACUGCCCCAUGGUUACCACAUAAACCACCCAGAUAUUGGCGUCACUACAACUCCAGAGCCUGCUCGGGCAGUGGAGAAGUCAAGACCACUCAGUAUGAACUGGGCUUUCGGUGAUGCUAACCCAGAAAUAACUGAUGCUACUCUUGGGAAAACUUACAAGUCGCUAAACAUGGUUGAUGGCCCAUCAAGACUAUGUAAGCGAUCCAUAUUUGAGCUGGACAGGCAAACUCUGGGCCACCCACAGAACAGCACAACGUAUCGCCUCAUGAAGCAGAACGCAGACUCCUAUAACCAGGCAAAAAUGGCGUUCCAGACACGCAUGAACGAGCAGAAAUAUGGCACCUGGGUGAAAAUGCCUGUGGAACUGAAUAGAUUCACCUGCUCUUAGAAUGGCUUCCGUACAUACUGGAUGGACUGAUUCCUGAAAUGAUUAGUACAAAGAUUGGUUUCUAGCAUUGACUGUUACUUUAUGUAAUAUCUGAUGAAAAUAUCUCCCGCUGAAUUGAAGGUUUCAGGAGGGGGUAUUGUUCUGGCGUCAAAUCUUAAGAUUUUUUUGUCCAGAAUGGAAAUGAUUGGUCAGAUUACAUUCAAACUUGGUCAUAAUGUGCCCCUUGAUGAAAUAUGGACCGCUUGUAAAAGUGGGGCACAUGGGGUCAAAAACUAGAUCACUAGGUCAAAUCUUAUAAAAAAUCUUUGAAACACAUUAGAGGCAUUAUGUAUCGUCUAAUAUUCAUGAAACUUGAUCAGAAUGUUUUGCUUGAUGAACUCUUGGACAUGUUUUAAACUGGGUCACAUGUGAUAAAAUAUUAGGUCACUAGGUCAAAUCUUUCAAAAAUCUUGUCCGAAACUAUUUUAUUGUGGUGAUUGGUCGGAUUAUGUUCAAACAUGGUCAGAAUGUUCUCUUGGGUUAAAUUUCGACUGUGUUUUAAAAGUGGGUCAUAUGGGUCAAAAACAAGGUCAAUAGGUCAAAUCUUAGAAAAAAUAUUGGGAACACACUAGAGGCAAUCUUAUAUUCAUGAAACUUAAUCAGACUGUUUUCCUUGAGCCUCAAGAGUUUUAAAAUCGGUCACAUGGGGUCAAAAACUAGGCCACUAGGUCAUAUCUUACAGAAAUCUUGGGAACACUCUAGAGGCAAUACAUCUGCUCUAAUUUCCAUCAGAAUGUUUGCCUCAAUGAAAUCUUGGAAUAGUUUGAAACUAGUAGGUCAUGAGGGGUCAAAAAUGAGGUCACUGGGUCAAAUCUUAAAAAAAAACUUGCGGACUCUCUAGAGGCUAUAUUUUUUGCAAUAUCUCUGGACCAAUCUUCAUGAAACUUGAUCAGAAUGUUUGCCUUGAUGAAAUCUUAGAUUAGUUUGGAACUGGGUAACAUGGAGUCAUAAACUAGGUUUCUUGGUCAAUUCUAAAUGCUACAUUAUAUACAUUUUUUUUUCAAACAGUUGCAAUCAAACUCAAACUAUAUAUAUAUAUAUUUCACUAACAAUUGAUUUCCAUUCCUGGACUUAGCCCAAUCAGGUUGGGGAUCAAUUGAACGAAUAUACUUGUUAUUUCUUAAUUACAACUCAUUAUACCAAAUUAUUAGAAUUUUCUCAUAGAUAAUGUUGAUAAAAUUAUUAGGGCACUUGAAAUGAAAAUAAAUUGUAAGAGCAUAAAAUGUACUUGAGCAAUUCUUAGGAAUAAUGAGUUGUACUGAAUUGUUUUAUGCAUAAUGAAUGGUCCUUUUUUAAUUUCACGCAACAAGUUCAAUCUUUGAGAGAAUGUGCUUUUAAAAAGAGGAAUACAUGUUUGAAUUGAAUCCUUCUUUGGUGCUUUGUGGUAAAAUGAGUUGUGAAUGAGAAAUUACAUUUUUAUGAUAUAGGGGACUGGUGUUCUAUAUAUGGGACUGGUGUUCUAUGUAGGUGACUGGUGCUCUAUAUAGGGGACUGGUGUUCUAUAUAGGGUACUGGUGUUCUAUAUAGGGGACCGGUGUUCUAUAUAUGGGACUGGUGUUCUAUAUAGGGGACUGGUGUUCUAUAUAGGGGACUGGUGUUCUAUAUAGGGGACUGGUGUUCUAUAUAUGGGACUGGUGUUCUAUAUAGGGGACUGGUGUUCUAUGUAGGUGACUGGUUCUCUAUAUAGGGGACUGGUGCUCUAUAUAGGGGACUGGUGUUCUAUAUAGGGUACUGGUGUUCUAUAUAGGGGACCGGUGUUAGGAGACUGGUGUUCAAUAUGGGGGACUGGUGCUCAAUAUAGUGGACUGUUGGUCAUGUUUAUCAUUCUUUUGUGGUGUACAUUUCCAUAGUGUGUUAUUCUCAUCCCUUUGUUUAUUUUGUUAGCAAACAAUGGCCAGGCACUUACACAUGUUUGAUAUUAAUGGAAAGUCAAGUUUGAUGCUUCAUGCUUGGCUACAAGUGAGUCAGAAAAAUACCUCAAGUUUUAAGAUUUUGCUUUUAAAAUGUUGACCAUUGCCCUUAGCUUUGUUUUAUACAAAAGUCAGUGAUUAACACAAUGCAAUUCUUUAAGUUUGAAUUGUUUGAAAGCAAACAGCAGUCAAUUGUAUAAAACUGGUAUUUAUUUUUUUUGCUUUGGAUAAAGUUAGCCAAAAUGUCUAUUGAUUGGCCAAUAUUUAUACAAUACUAUAUGUUAACCAAUCAGAUUAUUUAAGGUAAAUGUGCAAUGUGGCCAGAAAUUAACCUGUUGAGUUUUAUACAGAUGGCUGUAAGAGUGUUUUUUUCAGCCAUUUUUUAUAGCCAAUCAUUGGUUAUUUCCCAAAAUUGAUUAGUUUUUUUUUUCAAAAUGUUGAAUAAAAAUUCUCUAUCAGAAUUGUUUUAAAGUAAUUUAGAAAAAACGUUGUUUCAGUUGGAGAAGUUCUUUUUGAGACCCUAAUGUUAAUUAUUGUUUAAGUUAUAAAAUCCCACAAAUAUGGAUUAGAAAGAUUAUUUGAGUACAUUUGACUUUCAUAAAUAUUCACAAAAAAUCCCAAUAUUGUGAAUAAACACUAGGAAAUUCCCUAUUCCAAGGCUAUAGGUCAUUUUUCCCAAAUUAUCGGGGGAAAAACCUGGAAUGUUUUUAUGAAUUUAAAAGUCAAAAAUGACAAUCUUUGUUGGAUUGUACAUUAAAGUAUCUUUUUACAUGCAAUAUAAUGCUUAGUAUAUAUUUUGUAUACGGUAUGUUGUUUUGAAAUGAUGAAAUAAGUCUUUUCAACCCAAUAUUUCUUAUAUGUGCUUUUACUUUAAUACUUUAUUGUGGUACUGGUGUAAUAUGACGUUGAAAGAUUUAAACUCAUGUAUUAUUAUAGCAUUACUUUUUAUGUGUACACAUUCAUACUUGAUGUGUUCUUAACGCCAUCCACACAUUUUUUUAUCAGGAAAAAAAAUUGGAUAUUAUAUUUUAUAUACAUUGUCGUUAUAUUGUGAAGCUUAAACACUGUACCUUUAUUUUUGCUGUGGAAUAGUGUAUGUAUUAAACAGGUUGAAUAUGCACUUUGUAGUAUUGGUGUUAUUCUGCAAAAAAUAUUAUUUAAAGGAAUCUUAGCGGAAGACUGUUGUAAUGCCAUUCUCUUCCUACUGUAUUAUGAGUUACAAUGGUCUUGCGCUAAGGCUGCCAAAUGUCUUUAAAAUGCUUUGUAAAUUGUGCUUAUUGUCCUAUUGAUUUGAGGUUUAUUUUAACCUGUUUGAAUAUUUGUUAUAUUUUAUGUUUAUUUUAAACAUAUUUGUAACAGCAUUAUUUUAGCAUCAAGAAUAUCAUUCUCAAAUCUCAUCAAGUAUAACAAGGUAUCUUAUAAUAUAUCUUUCUUAAAUCCGUUGUUGCGGAAUAAAAUAUAGUUUAGCAUUAUUAUCAUAUGGAAAAUUUCCUUUAAAGCUGCACUCUCACAGAUAUACCGUUUUGACAACUUUUAUGUCUUAGAAUGAGCCAAUUUUUGCGAUUUUUUUUAAAUAACCAGUCAUAUAAGACUGCUAACUAAAGAUCAAUUCCAAAAAACAUUUUAUAUGCUAAAAGCUUUACUAACGCUAAAAGAAAGUUGCAUAAAUAGAGAAUAUUACACAAAUGAAACAAACACAAAAGACAGUCUGCUUAGAUGGAACCUGUUAUAAGACUUUUGACUUAAGAUUGUUUAGAAAUUGUAUGUUUUAUAUAACCACUUGCAUUUCAUAAUGGCUUUUUUCAUUUUUUGUUCAAUUAUUUUUAAAUUGUUGUGUUUCUUAUGAGGCCCCGUUUGAUCUUGAUAUAUUGUAUGUCUGAAUGAACAUUUAAAACAGACAGAACCUCAAAAGGUGUACAAUUUUGUACUCAUAACCUGUGGGCUGACUGUUCAAAACUUUCGUAAAGAAUUUAACGUUAACUGUCUGUCAAAUGUUAUCAUUAUCUCAUCAUUCAGUAUAUAUUUUUUCCUGUAUUUUUACUUUUAGCUACUUCAAAACAGCAUUAUAUUGUGCAUUAAGGUUUUAAUGUGCCAUACCUUUACUUUAUAUGCUACAGAAAAAGGAGUUCAUGCCCACAUUUCUAACCCGUAUAUUCCCAUGGAUGGUUGCCAUCUUGUCAAUGAUCAUAUUGUAAAUUUAAUUUCUUGAAUCUAUUUUUUGGGGUUAUUAAGUAAUUUAUUAUGAAAAAAAUAGUUGGCAUAAAAAAACUCUUCAGUUAAUUUUACAGUUAAAAGGCAAAAUUUGAAUUUCAUUUCUGACACCUGUUUUGUAUUAAAUUGAAAUUUGUGAUCUAAAAAUAUUUAGUUGUAGGUUAGUUGAUAGGAUGCCAUCCAUUGUGUAUCUUACUCAUUGUAUCAUAAAUGGUGCUUUUAUUAAUGUUAUGUAAACAAAUAUUUUAUAAUUUUGUAAACAAAAGUUAUUGACUGAUGAUGUUUGUCACAUGACGUCUGAUAGACCAAUGAAAAAUUUAUUGAUUAUUUUUGUCAUGAUAUCUGAUCGACCAAUGAAAAAUUGAUUGAUGAUGCUUAUCACAUGACAUCUGAUAAACCAAUGAAAAGAGCGGAACUAUACCUAGCAUAUAAUAAAGCAUAAAGAACAUUUUGAAAUGUCUAAAACAUUGGUCUUAUCAAUAGUUACAAGGCAUUCCAUAGUCAGUCAUGCAGUUUUGUACACUCAUUUUUGAAGACCUUUUUCUGUGGCAUUUUAUGUUAAUACAAUGUCAUGUGUGCGUGUAACAGAUUGGUAAAUGAAACAAAAACCAGCAUAUACAUAUAUAUGCUUAAGAUCUAGAACUCGGGCUGAAUUAUUCGUAUAAAUUGAAACUGAUAUUCUGAUUUUUGUUAAAUGCCAAACAGUUAUAAAUUUCAAAAGUUAAAACAUUUUUGAGAACGAAUUUGGAGUGAAUAUCCUAGUAUAAAUAAACAGACUGUAGGUUUGUUUGCGUUCUGAUCUCUAUGAUAUGUUUCAAUUAUUCAGCCUGUUUUACAUGAAUGUACUCUUGCUUGAACCUCAAACUGUUGCGUAGGGCAGAUGUUAAUUUUGAGAUAUUUUUUUAAUUUUUACUGAUGAGGUUGAAAUGUUUUGUUUUUUCCUGAAUAAAAUAAAUGUUCAGGUUACAUUGUCUUAGCCUUGCGUUGAGUCAUCGUUGGUGUGCAAAAACCAUGGCCACUAAACUCGAGAAAUUAUCAAGAUAUUUAAAUGCAGCUUGGUACACAUGUUGCCAGAGACAAUAUGUAUACAUGUAUGACUAUAUGUACAUGUAAUUCCCGCUUUAAUAACUUUUUAAAAAGCCCCUUUUUCGAUUUAAAAACAAACAAACUGACGAGCAUUAUUGUUUGUUUCUUAUUGCUCCAGUAUUUUUGUUUCAACAAAAACAGUUUUAACAAAUCAAUAACCAUUGAAAAUUGGUACGUAAUAAAUUGUAAAUUUAAAUAUUGAUCAUUCUAAAUUACAAGCCUUGUAGAAUAUAAUAUAAAGUAUUACAAAUGACACUUUUUACAAAUGACACUUUUUUUAGGAUAGAUGUGUUAGUAUCAGUGACAGACUACUGUAUAAAAUGUGGUUAUAUUGGAAUAAACCAAUUGUAUGCUUUA